UCGCGCAAGGGUGGUUGUGUUUCCGUUCACGAGAAGAUCGGGUGUUGAGCGGCCGUGUGGAUAGUAGCGACGGGCAGUAGGAAUUCAUUUUCCUUUCUGUGUUUCGGUUUUCUGAGUGAAGUGAAUUAAUUAGAGGUACGUGUAAGAUCAAAAGUCACACCUCCACUUUUUUUUGGCAGUCGUUUGAUACGAGAGUAGUGCUACGGGUGAUCAAGUGCCGUGUUGAACCUUUUUGGGGAUCCAGAGGGCGUUUACCGUAUCCAACGAACCGCGGAGAAAAGUGAUUUGUGUUGUGUUGAUUAUUUAUGAAACAUUUGACAAACCUAUACUAAUUAAUUAGUGUAUGUUCAUAGUGUUAUUAUCAGGAUUAUUAUUAAAAUUGUCCAUAUUUGUGUAAGAGAUUUUAACAAGAAGCAAUUUGUUUGAUGUUCGAAAAGUGACAUAUGUCACUUGUGAGUGUGGGCAAACUGGCCAGUUAGUGUUUGUUAAUUAAUUUAUAACAUCAAAAAUUAAGACGAUGGUGCGGAUUCUAGCAUGCGUUCGAUGAAGUGCGAGUGUCAUGAUCGAUUCUUAACAACUCCGACAAGUCAGUUGGUUAGGACCCAAGAUUAACACACAUGACACAUCUACCAAACCUUAACCGGAAGUGACACAAAAAGUGUGAACGUGAAAUUUUCUGCUCUGCUCCCUGUCGUCGUCGGAAGUUGUGAACCUACCAGAGUAGGACAGUUCACACCCAAAGGAGAGAAAAAAGGGGCGCGUUUGGAGUGUGUGCGCCAAACGGUUCUUAAAGAGGAGUUAAUUCUCAUAAUUGUGAUAAAUAAUCUGCUCCUGUACAAAAGAUUUAUUAACAACUUGGAACGGAUUGAGCCGCGUCCCUGCUGCCCGCUGGUCGACGCUGCCUCUCUAUCAGGAGUCGUUAGGAGGAAAGUGUGAGCUGUGACACCUAGGUCGAUUCACCCGGGCCAGCUAACUAGUCGCAAAUGCGCUCGGUGGACGAGAUGGCAACGUCCCACAUUUUAUCCGCCAUCGAUCCACUGAUGACGGCAUCGAGUAACGGGGGAUCGACGGGAGCGACAACGAAUGGUAGCAACAUGUCGCAGUCGGGUGGGGGCAGCAGUGGAACGCUCGGUGGCCAUGCACGGGGAGGUAGAGAGCAAAACCUCGCGGUCACGCUGGACGAUCGUGAUCUGUGGAUGCGAUUUCAAAACCUCACCAACGAGAUGAUUGUCACCAAAAAUGGAAGACGUAUGUUUCCCGUGGUAAAGGUAACCGCGAGCGGUUUGGAUCCCACCGCUAUGUACACCGUGCUGUUGGAAUUUUCUCAAGUUGAUUCGCAUCGCUGGAAGUACGUCAACGGUGAAUGGGUUGCCGGGGGUAAAGCAGAAGCUCCCCCGCCAAACCCAGUAUAUGUCCACCCGGAAUCACCGAACUUCGGUCAACACUGGAUGAAGGAACCAAUUUCUUUCGCAAAAGUGAAACUUACCAACAAAACCAACGGAAAUGGGCAGAUAAUGUUGAACUCCCUGCACAAGUACGAACCGCGAGUCCACCUGGUUCAAGUCGUUUCCGAGCAGCGCGAGCAGAGAAACGUCCACACCUAUCCUUUUCCCGAGACUCAGUUCAUCGCGGUGACGGCCUAUCAAAACGAGGAAGUGACUUCCCUCAAAAUCAAGUACAACCCAUUCGCUAAGGCUUUCCUCGAUGCGAAGGAACGUCCCGAUUCGGUAUACUCGAGGGAAAAUUCAACCUACGGAUGGUUGAACUUUCACCCAUCCUACGCGACUGCUCAGUCUCCGCUUGCAACUGCGGAACGUUAUCAACAUACCACGCUUCGGACGAACCGGGUCGCACCGUACACAACUCAGCGAUCUCGAAGCACCAGUGGGAGUACUUCACCACAAACACCGUAUCUACCGCUGGAACCGGUCCCGUCUCCGGUUUUCUCCUCUUACCCUACGGCAUGGCAAUCGCAACCGACGGCUGCAACGGGAUCCUACUGGACCAGUCAAACCACCAAUCCUGGCAGUCCCAACUCGAUAGCUCCAAACAUAUCGCCUACCCACUCGAAUGGAUCACCAAACUAUGCGACCUCGUCACCAACCUACGCCUCACACCAUCUGUCGUCUCACAACAGUCAGUACACUCCAACAUCCAGCUCUUCGGCAGCCGGUUCCGCGUCAAUCGAUGUCUACCAACCGAAUGUGUCGCCUCAGCAGAUCUACGCUCCUGCAGGGCAUCAGAUUUAUCAUCCUACGCCAACCGUAUCCCCUAAUCAUCAGUUGUACGGCCAAGUCCUGAAUCCGCCAUCCAUCUCCAACAUCGGCUAUUCAACGUCCUGGCACGGUGCGAGUGAUUACAGUGUUUAUCAGAGCACUUACCAUUAUCCGACGGCGGAGUACAUUCCCAUGAUUGGUGACAUUGGCACCUACAAUCACCCGACGGAGAUAACCGAACUGACUCCAGUUUCCGCUUCGCACCAUCACCGGACACACCAACCGGUUGCAGCAUCGUCGCCGGUACACAUCCAGUACCACCAUGGGCAUCAUCCUGCGGCAGCUACGGCGGAAAGUGGCCUAAUGAGUAGCAACGGUGCUGGUGCAGGCCACCAUCAUUGUACCAUCGAUAACCAUUCGCCGGAACCUAAUCAUGCCAGUUCGACGGGUGCUGGUGCCGGAAGUGGGAGCGCUUUGCCAGGAUCGCCGGGGGUGGUUUCCGCUGCCGUUCAACAAAGUCCGUCCAGAAGUGGCUCCACGGUGGCGUGGACACCCCUAACGCCACCACAAACUUCACAUAUUUGAAA